AGUGAUGCUAAAUAUGAACAGAAUCUUCAAAACUAAUGUGCUCAAGACAUGGAUGAGACAAAUGCAGACGAGUUGUAUCGCACGACAAGAACUGCCAUCACUUGAAGCCGCGGACGAGAGAGUGGCGGACACGACGAGCGACAAGAUAUUGGAGGAGUCGCUAAGACAUCCGGACUUCUUCGGUGUCAACAAACUGUUUACAGUCCGACAACUGUUUGAAUCGAGAGCUCAUUUCGGUCACAAACCGGGAACUCUUAACCCGCAUAUGACUCCAUAUAUCUUUGGCAGCCGUUUAGGAGUUCUUAUACUAGAUUUGGAUCAAACGGCACAACGACUCAGAGAAGCACUCAAUUUCACGGCUCAUAUGUCUUUCAGAGGAGCCAUCAUUUUAUUCAUCAAUAGAUCUCAUAAUACAACACAUCUGGUGGAGACUAUGGCCCGAGAAUGUGGUCAAUACAGUCACUGUCGAGAGUGGAAAAGCGAUGCCUUCUAUGACUCGACUAACUAUUACGGAGCCGUCACUCGACUGCCAGAUCUCUGCAUAUUCUUGAAUACUAUGAACAAUGUGUUUGAAACACAUCCGGCGGUCACCGAUUCGGCCAAACUCUUGAUCCCAACCAUUGGUGUGGUCGACACCAACAGUGACCCCACACUCAUCACGUAUCCGAUUCCGGCCAACGAUGACACCUAUCAAACCAUUCACUUGUUUUGUCAUCUCUUCAAACAAGCGAUUCUUUUGGGGAAAGAAAAACGAAAGCAAUUAAUCGACUCGAAGGGAAGAGGUCUCCGGAAUAAGAGCUAAAUUUCCCACUAAAAUACCAGUAAUCGUCGAGAAAUAUUCAAAAGAGAAAAGUCUUCCGGUUUUAGACAAAACAAAAUUCUUGGUCCCACAGGAAUUACCGAUGGCUACCUUUGUAACGAUCAUCAGGUACAAUCAUUUAUUUAUUUUCAUAAAUUC